GCACUCCGGAAGGAGAAAAAUGGGGUCAGCCGAGGCCCCUGCGAUGGCAACGUAGGACUGAUUUCCUUCGAGGCGGAGCUGAUCUGGAAACCUGUCCUUGGCCAUUGUCCUUUCUAAGGAACCUUGCAGAGCCCGCCCGCACAGAGCUGCCAGGGGACCCUCUUAGGAGCAGAGACAAUGGCGACCUUCAGGCAGCUGUCGCUGGGUAGGAAGGCUGCGCUGGCUGCCGGCACUGUCUUCGUGUCCAUGAUCGCAUCCCGCUCCUAUCUGGCCGGGAGCCUCGAGCUCGGGGCCUGGCGUUGGCUCUUCCGCCUGCAGCUCGCCCUGUUUGCCAACUCGCUCAUGCUCAUUGGCUCCGUCUACAUCUGGCAUAGCACAGUCAGCAACCUCAGCCACUCCGCCGCCGCAGAGUCCACCUGCUUUCAGCUUUGGAAGAUGGCCGUGGUGGCGUUUCUGGCGCUGGCCCAUUCCAGUUUCUUCACCAUGCUCUUUUUGGUGGCCGAGGAGCCCUACCUCUUCUCCUUGGCAGCCUACUCCUGCCUGGGGGCGUACAUCAUCAUGCUCUUCUUCCUCUGUACCCUCAGUGGCGUGGAGCUGGCCUAUCAGCUCUUGGCCUGGCGCCGCGGGAGGGUCGUGGGCAGCCUUGACCAGACAAGGAAGCUGGCGGUCAGGCCGGCCCUGGCGGUGGCCGUGACCGCUGUGCUCAGUGUGGCCGGCCUUCUGAAUGCUGCCCGGCCCCCGGCGGUGAAAACCGUGCAGGUGCCCAUCCACCAGCUGCCUCCCUCGAUGGACGGCUUCAAGAUCGCGCUCCUCUCCGACAUUCACUUGGGCCCCACCGUGGGCAGGACCAAGAUGGAGAUGUUCGUGAGGAUGGUGAACGUGCUGCAACCAGACAUCACCGUGAUCGUGGGUGACCUCUGUGACUCGGAGGCCUCUGUCCUCCGGACGGCGGUCGCCCCCUUAGACCAGCUGCACUCGCGCCUCGGCACCUACUUCGUCACGGGCAAUCAUGAGUACUACACGUCGGAUGUCAGCAACUGGUUCGCGCUCCUGGAGUCGCUGAACGUCAGGCCCCUUCACAACGAGAAUGUGAAGAUCUCCGCCACGGGGGCCCCACCCAGGGGCGGUGAGGGCGAUGACUGGAUCUGCCUGGCUGGGGUGGAUGACAUCGAGGCAGACAUCCUGCACUACUACGGCCAUGGCAUGGAUCUUGGCAAGGCCCUGGGGGGCUGCAGCCCGGAGCACACCACCAUCUUGCUGGCUCACCAGCCCCUGGCUGCCAAGAGAGCCCUGCAGGCUCGCCCAGAUAUUAACCUGAUUCUUUCUGGGCACACGCACGCCGGGCAAAUCUUCCCGUUGAACGUGGCAGCCUAUCUCCUGAACCCCUUCUUUGCUGGCCUCUACCAGGUGGCCCAGACUACAUUCGUGUAUGUCAGCCCAGGCACAGCCUACUACGGGAUCCCCAUGAGAUUGGGCAGCAGGGCGGAGAUUACGGAGCUCAUCCUGCAGCGGGCUCCUUGAACCUGGCCCUGCCCUGUGUGCCUCCUCAGUGCUCUUGCCCUUCACCGUUCAUCCCUCUUGAGAGCAGGUUGCCCGCUUUACCCUGUGCGGCCUCUCCUGCCCAGCCCUGCCCAUACCCGCUUGGUCACAAGCCUGGCUGGAACAGUAACUUGUGCCGGGCCAACUGUAGAUGGCCAGUGACUGAUUUCUAUGUAUCUGCGAGGCCACUGAGGUCACAUGUGUCAGAACAAGCGUCUCUUUUCCCGA